UUUAAUUGUCGCUAUAAAUUUUGUUGGCGCAGUGCGCUCUAAACUUUUGCCAUCGGCGGUUGGUACCCACAAUGCAGACCACCGUAAUGAUGUAUCUCCUCUUUCUGGUGUGUGCAUUUCUGUACAUUUCCACAUGCAUUUCCACAUCCAUUUCAAAUCCCUGUCCAUUGGAGAAGAGUUGCAAUCAAACUGUGGUGGAAUCAAGUGCCAUUUGUGGCUUGGAUGAGGACGUGGGUUGCAUACGAAAGUAUGCCUCAAAGUGCCUCAUGGAUAUUGCUGAAUGUCAGGAGGGAAAAGAAUUCACGGAUUAUAGCAAUGUCUAUUGCUCAAUGGAAUCGUAUCUGUGCGAACAGACAUCCACAUACGAAAGAUGGACCAUUUUCUUUGGUCACGAAAAGGAUUAAUCAAUAGAUAUGUUUCUUAAUGUUUAAUCAAUUAUUUCUUUGCUAUAAAAUUGUCCUUAAGAAAUUCCUUCAACCGUAAAGUAUUAUUUAUCAUCUAAGAGACCAAGAAAAUUAUUUGAAUAUUUAAGAAUUAGCAAGAAAAUUCUCUGUCCCUUCUCCCUGUGUUUAAGGCUCUGGACUACCCUUUCUUUAGCAACGUCACAAA